AAGAAGAAGCUCUUUUAGAACCUUUAAUUUUAAGCCAAAAUGAGCCAACAAAUGAAGAAAUGAAGAAAAUGUUAAAUAACUUGUCAGAUGAAUGGAAUUUAAGCAGCAUAUUUAAUAUCAAAGGAAAAAAAGAAUAG